UGCGGAGCAGCCCGCGCUGGCGGCGGCCGCCGGGGCGCCGCGCCAUGGGGAGCCCCCGGGCCGCGCUUCUCCUGCUGCUCCUGCGCCCGGUCAAGCUGCUGCGGAGGCGCUUCCGGCUGCUGCUGGCGCUCGCCCUGGUGUCCGUGGGGCUCUGGACUCUCUAUCUGGAGCUGGUGGCGUCGGCCCAGGUCGGCGGGAACCCCCUGAAUCGGAGAUACGGCAGCUGGAGAGAACUGGCCAAGGCUCUGGCCAACAGGAACAUUCCAGCUGUGGAUCCAAAUCUCCAGUUUUAUCAUCCCCAGAGGCUGGGCUUCAAGGACCAAGACUCUGAGCGAGGUGGGAGCGCUAACAGCAGCUACCUGAAGUGGAAUAAGCCCGUCCCCUGGCUCUCAGAGUUCCAGGGCCGCGCCAACCUGCAUGUGUUUGAAGACUGGUGUGGCAGUUCUAUUCAGCAGCUCAGGAGGAACCUUCACUUCCCACUGUACCCCCAUAUUCGCACAACCCUGAGGAAGCUGGCUGUGUCCCCCAAAUGGACCAACUAUGGCCUUCGCAUCUUUGGCUACCUGCACCCCUUCACCGAUGGGAAGAUCCAGUUUGCCAUUGCUGCAGAUGACAACGCAGAGUUCUGGCUCAGCCGUGAUGACCAGGUGUCAGGCCUUCAGCUGCUGGCCAGUGUGGGCAAGACUGGAAAAGAGUGGACUGCCCCUGGAGAGUUUGGGAAAUUUCGGAGUCAAAUUUCCAAGCCAGUGAGCCUGGCAGCCUCCCAGAGGUACUACUUCGAGGUGCUGCACAAGCAGAAUGACGAGGGCACCGAUCAUGUGGAAGUCGCGUGGCGACGGAAUGACCCUGGAGCCAAGUUCAGCAUUAUUGACUCCCCUUCCCUGUCCCUCUUCACAAACGAGACAGUCCUAAGGAUGGAUGACGUGGGCCACAUCCCUCAGACAGCAGCCAGCCAUGUAGGGUCCCCAGACUCUCUUCCUAGAGAUGAGCAGCCCCUUGCAGACAUGCUGCGACCGGACCCUCGGGACACCCUCUAUCGAGUGCCUCUGAUUCCCAAGGCUCAUCUCCGCCAUGUCCUGCCUGAUUGUCCCUACAAACCCAGCUACCUGGUGGAUGGGCUCCCCCUGCAGCGCUACCAGGGACUCCGCUUUGUUCAUCUGUCCUUCGUUUACCCCAAUGACUACACCCGCUUGAGCCACAUGGAGACCCACAAUAAAUGCUUCUACCAGGAAAACUCAUACUACCAGGACAGGUUCAGCUUUCAGGAGUACAUCAAGAUGGACCAGCCUGAGAAGCAGAAGCCGGAGCAGCCAGGUUUCAAGGAAGGCCUUCUAGAAGAAUCCCAAUAUGGAGAAGCAGUGGAGGAGACCCUUGACUCCAAUGACCAGAAUGCCAGGAUGCCAAAGGGAAAACCAGUGCCCACCUUUACCCCUGGGCAGGAUGUCACUGACUACCGCCUCCGAAGCCUGCGGAAACUCCUGGCUCAGCCCUGGGAGGGUCCACUGACACCCUUUUCCAAGAGGAACUCCACAGCUCCCUUCCCUGUGAGGACCAGUGAUGUCCCAGUCCAGCCCCCAGAGAAGCAGGGGAGAAGACCCAGCCCUGGGCCCAGCCAAGAUCCCCCUCCCUCUGAGAAGUGGCCUCCGGGGCAUCUGGCAGGGAACCUGCCUCAAGUCAAGGGGCCCAGGCCCACUGGUGACAGCCCCAGGAAGACGCUAGGGCAAUCCCAGUGGCUGAAUCAAGUUGAGACAUACAUUGCAGAGCAGAGAAGGGGGGACAGGAUGGAGCUUCCAGCCCCCAGGAGGGAUUGGCCCGGGGAGGGAGAGGUGGUGGUAGCUGCAGGCCAGGAAGGACAGGCGGAGGGAGAAGAAGAGGGGGAGGAAGAGGAAGAGGAAGAGGAUGUGAGUGAGGUGUUCGAAUACAUGCCCAUGUUUGACCCCGUGGUAAGCUGGGACCAGACCUUCAGUGCUCGGAACCUGGACUUCCAAGCCCUGCGGACUGACUGGAUCGAUCUGAACUGUAACACAUCUGGCAACUUGCUGCUUCCAGAGCAGGAGGCUCUCGAGGUCACACGCGUCUUCCUGAAGAAGCUCAACCAGAGGAGCCGGGGGAAGUACCAGCUGCAGCGAAUUGUGAACGUGGAGAAGCGCCAGGACCAGCUACGUGGAGGUCGCUACCUCCUGGAGCUUGAGCUGCUGGAACAAGGCCAGCGCCCAGUGCGGCUCUCCGAGUAUGUGUCUACACGAGGCUGGCAGGGCAUCGAUCCAGCUGGUGGGGAAGAGGUCGAGGCCCGGAACCUGCAGGGCCUGGUUUGGGGCUCACACAACCGCCGGAGACAUGUCUUGAAUGUCCGGGCCCCAGAGCCCAAGCUGUGUUGGCCCCAGGGCUUCUCCUGGAAUCACCGAGCCGUGGUCCACUUCGUUGUGCCUGUAAAGAACCAGGCGCGCUGGGUACAGCAAUUCAUUGGAGACAUGGAAAAGCUGUUCCAGGUCACCGGUGACCCACACUUCAAUAUCAUCAUCACGGACUAUAGCAGUGAGGACAUGGACGUCGAGAUGGCCCUAAAGAGGUCCAAGCUGCGGAGCUACCAGUACAUGAAGCUAAGUGGAAACUUUGAGCGUUCAGCUGGGCUUCAGGCUGGCAUAGACCUGGUGAAGGACCCACACAGCAUCAUCUUCCUAUGUGACCUCCACAUCCACUUCCCAGCUGGAAUCAUCGAUACCAUCCGGAAGCACUGUGUGGAGGGCAAGAUGGCCUUUGCCCCCAUGGUGAUGAGGCUGCACUGCGGGGCCACCCCCCAGUGGCCUGAGGGCUACUGGGAGGUGAAUGGGUUUGGACUGCUCGGCAUCUACAAGUCAGACCUGGACAGAAUCGGGGGCAUGAACACCAAGGAGUUCCGAGAUCGCUGGGGUGGGGAAGACUGGGAGCUGCUGGACAGGAUCCUCCAAGCAGGCCUGGAAGUGGAACGUCUCUCCCUCAGGAAUUUCUUCCAUCACUUCCAUUCCAAGCGAGGCAUGUGGAACCGCCGCCAGAUGAAGAUGCCGUGAUCCCGAAGGGUGGCCCACUGGACUGACUGCUUCCUGCUCCUUGACUUGUGCUCGCUCCCCAAUGCCCCUACUCACUGUUGAGAAGGAGAGGGAAGGGGAGCAGAAGCCAUGGCCGGGCCCCAAGAGGCCUCAGAGCUAACACCCUCACUCCCCUGAGAGCUGUCGCCUCACACAGACAGCUGCUGAGGCCUGUCUCUCUACCCUCGGGGCCUCUGAAGGGAGGACCUUGAGAGAGGGACCAGGAGGGGCCGUGCACUCAGUUGACAGAGAUGGACCGGCUCCCGGGGAAGGCAGCACAGUUAAGGAAGGAAAGACCUGUUGGAGCAAUGCCAACCUAUCUGUGAGGUGCAUUCCAGCAUCCACCCACGCUCCUCCCAGGGAGUAGUGACCGUGCCCUGGAAACUCUUCUCUUGGACAUACUUCAUUGGGGUUUUUAUUUUUCUAACAUAAAACCAAAACUAACUGUCCAGACCCAGCACUGACUGUGAGAGAGGGAUGGAGUCGUGCAUUUAGGGUACAUUCCCCACUUGCAUACCUCAGACCCACUCCUGUGUAGCGAUGUGUCCCUUGGUCCUUGACCCGGCAGCUGAUUUAUAACCAGAGGAGUUCUCAGCUCUACCCCAGGCUCGUGCCUUCCAGAGACACGCACAUCUCUCCCAGGUAGCCACUGAACAGCUGGCCACUGAUUAGGGCAUUAACCUUACCCCCCAGGCGGUGCUAACUUCAGACUGACAAGAACACAGAAGUGGCAUCAUCCUCGCGGUGCCCCAGUGGGGUUGGGAUUCUGAGAACGGGUGGACAGCGGGCUUUCAUUCCUCGGCAUCUGGCAUACAGGCCGUGCAGGACGGGCAAGGUGGGUGGAGAAGGCAGGAAGAGAAGCCCCUUUCCCGACCCGCCUGUAAGCAUAAGCCUUGGAGAGACCAUGAGCAGAGAGGAAAGAGGAUGGGAAUGUAAGCCGUGGACUCAGAUGCGAAGAGGAGGUGGGCAUCCAGCAGGAUGGGAGGAAAAGGAAGUGGAAAUCCUGAGUCCCCACAGCUCUGCUCCCCCACAGCCUUGCCCUCCUGCAGGCGGAUCCCCAGCCCUGGCCUUGCUUAGAAGAGGAAGGGGUGUGGGCAAGACAGAGGAACAGGGAUCAGGGUAGUAAGGGGCAAGGCCACGGGUUGGGGGAGGUAAGGGCAUCACCCUGUGAUCUCUUCCCCAGUUGGAGGGGAGUGGGGCCCAGAGGAACCGAAAAGUGAAGCGACCCUUUCUGGCACCUGAUGAUCACACACUUCUCUUGCACUAAAAAUCCCCUGGGGCCUUUGGGGCUGGGUUUUUUUUUUUGCCGCCGCUGCUGCCUCUGCCGCUGCUGCUGAAUUGAUGAACAGUGUGUGGGUGUGUCGGACACUUGCUGUGGAACUUCAGUGUCUGCUUAGGGAGGGGAACGCAGAGCUUGCCGCUGCUGGGAGGAAGCACUCCUAGCUGGUGCAACAGGGCCCAGGAUGCCAGUCAGCGGAGCCCCACAGAGCUGUGCUGUGAUAGAGUCCAAGUCACAGCAUUUGGAGUUGCAGGGUCUACCCGGUGGGCCUUGCAUUCACCAAGGGCACAUGCUUGGCAUCUAGGAGAUUGGGGCCCGUUGAGAACCUUCUGGAGGUUGAAGAGAAUUCCCUGCCCCUCUCUAAGAAAUCAGGAAGAACAAAGAGUUUCCAAUUAAUAGGCUGUGGCUGUUGGAUGCCAUAGCUGCCCCCUGGGCUAUGGGUUUUCUCAGAGCCCGCUCAGGCUUACUGCCUUUGGGAAAGGACUUCAGGGAGUCGGUGAGAGCUAUGGUUGGCUGGCUGGGGUGCCAGCUUUCUCUCUGGGGCCAGGGUCACCCUUGGGCAUGGCACUGGAAGGCCUGAGCCAACCCAAAGAGCUCUCCAACUUCCAUUCUUUUGAUGACGGGAGCGAGCCUAGCCUCCUAGGCCCUGCUCGCACACCUCUCUGACCCUGGCCAGUGCCUUGUGUUUGACUUUGUUACCUCCACACCAUCUGCCUUAAGUGGGGGGGCCUGGUAGGCCCCUGCUCUGUAGGGAAAUGUGUUGGGU